CGAAGGCUCAUACAGUCCUGGUGCAAUAAUCGUGCUACUUUCCUCCGUCCGUUGCCGUCUGUUGUCAGCAAAAUAGGUACCAGAAUGAGCUCAUCACCCGAGGGUCAAGACAUGAUGGACGUCUUGGCCAGCAACAGCAACCAGCUAGCGGACGAUGUUGCUGCGGUCGGUAGCAAUGCCGCCAAACGGCAGAAGCUCGUCCUAGACUACCUCAAAGUGGCCGACCGAGAGGGCAAGAGUGUGACCGCCGAAUUCCCCGACGGACUGGAUUGGUUUAACGUUACGGAACCGCUAACCUUGCAGGGUUCACUGCGCGGGAAGGUUGUUGUGCUGGACUUUUUCACCUACUGUUGCAUCAACUGCAUGCACAUCCUACCGAAUCUGAAACGCCUGGAGCAUAUGUACCCCAUCGAAAAGGGACUGGUUGUGGUCGGCGUGCAUAGCGCUAAGUUUCGAAACGAAAAGGACUCGAAAAACAUUCGCGCUGCGGUGGAGCGGUACGAAAUUUCCCACCCCGUCGUCAACGACAAUGUGUCGGCGAUGUGGCGGAAGCUGCGGGUGCAGUGCUGGCCCACCCUCAUGAUUCUCGGGCCACGCGCUAACCCUCUGUUCGUGAUCAUGGGUGAGGGUAACUUUGAGGAUCUGAAGCUCUACAUAGGCAGCACGAUUCGGUUUUACAAGGAAAAGGGGGAGCUGCGGGACGAUUCGCUUCCGAUGAAUUUAUCCAACACGGCAGCGAUGGCCUCCAAUCUAAAAUUCCCUGGCAAAAUCGCAUGCUCUUUGCCAACCCGAGGCGUCCGAGAAGACAACAACGACGGGGAGGAGCUGUACGCCGUAUCAGACUCCGGAAACCAUCGUAUCCUGAUCAUUCAGCCCGAUGGGAUGGUUCGCUACAAGAUCGGCGGUAAACAGAGCGGCUUCGUGGAUGGUAGUUUCGAGCAGGCACGUUUUAACGCCCCACAGGGUGUGGCCUUCCAAGGAUGCGGCGUAGUGUUCGUGGCCGACAACGAAAACCAUGCUAUCCGUAAAAUCGAUCUCGACACGCAGCAGGUCAGCACGGUCGUAGGAAAUGGCGUGCAAGGAAACGAUCGUACCGGCGGCAAGAGUGGUCGCGACCAGUCCAUUUCCUCGCCCUGGGACGUUGCCGUGUACUCGACGCGAGAUCUAGACAUGUCUUUCCAUGCGGACGACUCGAAGGCACCGCUGAAGGAUGUGCUGUUGAUUGCCAUGGCGGGCAUCCACCAGAUUUGGGCCGUCUUCCUGGAGGAGACCAUCUGGUGGAAGUUUAAGAAGUACCCCGCCGGGACAUGCUGGGCCAUUGCAGGCAGUGGCCACGAGCAGAAUCGUAACACCUCGUAUCCGCACAGUGCUGCCUUUGCACAACCAUCCGGCCUGGCGAUCAAUCGGGAUGUGAAGGAAGUUUAUCUAGCGGACAGCGAAAGUUCGGCAAUUCGAAAGAUUUCUUUGGUCGAUGGAAAAGUUAUGGCAGUUGCCGGUGGCGAUCGUAAUCCAUUGGAUCUGUUUGCCUUUGGCGAUGUCGACGGUAAGCAGUACUCGGCCAAGUUUCAACAUCCGCUUGGUGUGGCCUACAACCCGCAAGACGGAUGUAUCUACUUCGCCGACACGUACAAUCACAAAAUCAAAAAGAUCGACGCUACAACGAAUUGCGCGGUCACAUGCGAGUUUCGCGACUCACAGGGAUCAACGAAACGAUUCAACGAACCGGCCGGACUAUGUCUCGAUCGGUCCGGACGGCAUCUCUACAUAGCCGAUACGAACAAUCAUGAGUUGCUCGUAGCCGAUCUGUCCGACAACACCGUCCGUCCGAUGGAGCUCUACUUCCGCGUACCGGAAGAGAUGGACAGUGCCGAGGACCGCUCAUUGCAAUCUUUGAAGCCCUCGCGAGUUAUAACGAUGCCCGCGAGUGCAGCCUAUUCGCUGGAUCUAAACUUCGAAUUCCAUUUCCAUGAACCAGCUACCAAAUUUUCCGAAGGUGCACCGCAACGCUGGUCGCUCCAGCUUCCAUCCACCAAAUGGGUCUGCCAGGAAGGAACGAAAGGCACAAUUGAUCCUUCGCCUGAACAAGGCCUUAAGCUACAAGUCACGCUUCCGAAAUAUGAUCUGCCAACGAAUGGUAACGGCGAAUCCGCGUUGCUCGGUGUCGACUUUAAGCUAAAUCUGUGCGAAGGUGACGUUUGCUUUCCGAAAGAGUUCACCCUACGGUUGGAUGUAAAUUUCAGCACAGACGACGCGGAGGUACUAGAUAAUUACCUCGCAACGGAAACGAUCAAGAUUUAUCUGUCCCGAUCUAAGUCAGCACUUUAGACGGCCUGAAACUACUUUAACGCACGCCGCUAGGAAUCGAAUUAGCAUUUAUUAUGUUAUCAGCAUUGCAAUAUGUUAUUGGUGGACAAUCAAUUAGUAGACCGGCCACCUACCGUCUGCCGUACUUGUUUCAUGCAGCGCACACAGUCAAGUGGCGAAAGUAAAGCCUCCAAUCGCAAACGAACUAACCAGGGUCAACCCAGUUAUUUUUAUAUAUGUUUUUAUAAAUAAAUAAAAAUGUCUAUUGGUAGAGAAAUUCAACCGAUAACUU